ACACGCGACUCCACUCAUUUAAGACCCCAACGUUCGAACAUGGGUUCUAAAAAGAAGCAGGAGAGGCGAAAUAGAACCCGAUCCCCGACCAGAACCCGCUCUCGGUCCCGCUCCCCGACCAGAACCAGAACCCGCUCUCGGACCCGCUCCCCGACCAGAACCAGAACCGGCUCCCGGACCCGUCCCCGCACCGCAGAGAGGGACAGGGAGAGAGACCGGAGCCGGGGGCACCGCUCUCUCGAGGAGAGAUCCGACCACCGCCGCAGCUCUGAUGAGUGCACUACAAAGAAACACAGAAAAGAGAGCCGCUGUAAAGGAGAAGGUGUGCGAAAACUGAGCAGAAGCAGGAGCUCUUCUUGUUCCAGCAGGAGCUCCAGUAAUAAGAGACGGCAGAGAGCAAGGGACGCUUAUAGCAGCGAGAGGGAGAGGGGGAAAGGAUGGAGGAGGUCAGCGCGAGAUAGCAGGAGUUCCAGCAGAGAGAAAUCGCGGGAGAGGAACAUGGAGAGGAGGAGAAGCAGGAGCAGAGGGAGAAGUGAAGAGUGGGACAGAAGGAGAGGGAUGAGCAGGAGGUCUCAGUCAGGUUCCUCUGUGUCCUCCGGCUCCUCAGCCUCCGAUCAGGAAGACCCGAGAGCAGGACCAGCCUCUCUGUCAGUAAAGGAGGAGAAGAAGAAGCAGAAGGAUCUGAUGAAAGCCCUGGAGACGCCGGAGGAAAAGCGAGCCCGGCGACUGGCGAAGAAAGAGGCAAAGGAGAGGAAGAAGAGGGAGAAGAUGGGGUGGAGUGAGGAGUACAUGGGCUACACCAACGCAGACAACCCUUUCGGAGAUAAUAAUCUGCUGGGCACUUUCAAAUGGCAGAAGGCUCUUGAGAAGAAGGGAAUAGGUCAUCUGGGAGAGAAGGAGCUGAAGGAGAGGAAUAAGCGCAUCCAAGAGGAGAACCGCCGGGAGCUGCAGAAGGUAAAGCAGCUGCGUCUGGAGCGAGAGCGGGAGAAGGCCAUGAGAGAACAGGAGCUGGAGAUGCUGCAGAGAGAAAAGGAGGCGGAGCAUUUUAAAACAUGGGCGGAACAGGAGGACAACUUUCACCUGCACCAGGCCAAACUCAGGUCUAAGAUCCGUAUCAGAGAUGGCAGGGCCAAACCCAUCGACCUGCUGGCCAAGUACAUCAGUGCUGAGGAUGAUGACCUGGCUGUAGAAAUGCACGAGCCAUACACCUUCCUGAACGGACUAACAGUCACAGAUAUGGAUGACCUGCUAGUGGACAUCAAGGUGUACAUGCAGUUAGAGCAGGGAAAGAAUGUUGAUUUCUGGAGAGACAUGACCACCAUCACAGAGGAUGAGAUCAGCAAACUUCGCAAACUGGAGGCAUCAGGGAAAGGCCCAGGUGAUCGUCGAGAGGGCAUCAACACCUCGGUCAGUACGGAUGUGCAGUCUGUAUUUAAGGGCAAGACGUACAGUCAGCUGCAGGCUCUGCACAUGAACAUAGAAAGUAAGAUCCAGGCUGGUGGCUCCAAUCUGGACAUUGGAUACUGGGAGAGCCUGCUGCAGCAGGUGCGAGUCUACAUGGCUAGGGCCAGGCUAAGGGAGAGACAUCAGGAUGUACUAAGGCAGAAGCUGUAUAAACUGAAGCAGGAGCAGGGGGUGGAGAGCGAACCCCUUUUUCCCAUCAUUAAAGAGGAGCCUGAGGAGCAUCCGCCAGCAACAAAAGAGGCGGAGUCUCCACAAGAGCAAAGGGAGGUGGGUCCAUCUACCAGCUCUCUAUCAGAGACUACCACCAGGAUGGAGAAGGUGGAGAGUGGAUCAACAGUGGAUAAUGAGGAAGAUGAAGAAGAGCCAAGUGCCUCUUCACAUCCUGGAACUUCUAAGAAAAAGUGCCGAGACGGGGAAGAGAGGGAGGAGAAUAAGGAAGAGGAGGGAGAAGAGGACGGAGAGAAGAGUGGAGGUGUGGAGGUGGUGUUAACCGAGGAGGACCUGAUUCAGCAGAGCCAGGCAGAGUACGAUUCGGGCCGAUACAGCCCCACCCUCCUGCAGUCAUCAGAGCUCCCGCUGGACACCCACACCAUCGAUGUGGAGGAGGACCUGCAGCGCCUCCACCUGGCACGCAGACAGCUACAGGUCACAGGUGAUGCUAGUGAGAGUGCUGAGGACGCAUUUGUGCGCCGUGCCAAAGAGGGCAUGGGUGGUGACGAGGCUCAGUUCAGCGUGGAACUUCCCCUGACAGGGAAGAUGUACCUAUGGGCUGACAAAUACCGUCCGCGCAAGCCUCGCUUCUUCAACCGUGUGCACACAGGAUUCGAGUGGAACAAGUACAAUCAGACGCAUUACGACUUCGACAACCCGCCGCCGAAAAUCGUUCAAGGCUACAAGUUCAACAUCUUCUACCCUGACCUCAUCGACAAACGAUCCACGCCGCAGUAUUUCUUGGAGCCCAGCCCUGACAACAAGGACUUCGGCAUCCUGCGCUUUCAUGCGGGGCCGCCGUAUGAGGACAUCGCAUUUAAAAUCGUCAAUAGGGAGUGGGAGUAUUCCCAUCGACACGGCUUCCGCUGCCAGUUUGCUAAUGGGAUCUUCCAGCUGUGGUUCCACUUUAAGCGUUAUCGUUACAGGAGAUAAAGAUCAGGAGCUGUGGCUGAACAUUACCUGAUCUAUAGUCUUAAUAAGAAUGGACAUCAGCGAGAAUAGGACAAGUUAUUAAGGGCUUUGGCUCUAUUGAGAUGACUCUGCUACAUCAAGCUGUCAGGGCCAGUUUACCUGGCGUUAAAGUGUGUUUUUGGUGAUCAGGUUCAGUUUUACUUGUGUACUAAAGCAUAAAAAACAACAGGGAAACCAUGCAGACAUCAUUUAACUGAUCUGCAAAUUAAAGGAGAAAUACACUGAUAGUGUUUCCACUGAUAACUCAUUCCCUUAGCCUGCAUUUUUCUUUUAAUUUCAUAUGUCCUUUUGAAUGCUCUUUCACCACCCACUGUGUGAUUCACGUGGGUGUAGUAAAAAACAUGAUAGAGUACUUACCUUUGUUGAAUAGCCCACCUCCGCUCUCUCUCAGCUUUCUGAGAUCCAGUAAUUUUGUGCUUUUUGCCCAGCACUCUGUACAACAGCUGCUUUGGGGCAUAUUUUGCCCCAAUAAAUUGCUUUUUACACUGUUUUCCAGGCUCAAAGUAGCUCCAGACCUCAUUGGUUGAAUCCGAAGAGCUCUGAUAUUUAUAACAGUGCCUUAAAAAGUGCACAAGAAGCUUAUUAAAAAAACCCUGUUUACAACCCAUAGUGCAGGUAAACCUCCGGGUCAUAGACAUAUAUACAUAGACUCUCCAUAGGCUGCCUCCUGCUAUAGCAGCCAGUGCCCUGUGCAUUUAUUUACACUGAGGAAAGUGUUUAAUACACCUAUAAUAAUCACAAUUCUACCAAUUUUUAUCCAAUUUUCACGGUUUGGUUUGUUACAAAGGGCAGAGACGAAAACUGGGAAAACUAAAAUGGGAAAACUAAAAUGAAUCCUAUCCAAACAGUCAAUAGGCUUAUAUUAGAUUUAUUAGAAUUAAAGUUAUUAGAGUAUUUAGUGAAACCCCUAAUGUUUAGGGGGUCAAAUAAACCCCAUGUUAUAGGGUGAUUAGAGGACUAUAUCAGAUUCUGGACUGCUGAAACUAUUAAAAAAUAAAAUUGUGUAUUUUUUACUGGUCAGCAAACUUUCAGCCAAUGUAUAUUCCUGUUUGCAAUGGCUUGUAUUUCCUUGUUGCAAUCUCUGAGGUUAUUAGUGUUGCUCUUUUUAUUAUUAUGACUUAAAUAAAAGUUUCCUUUCUUUG